GACAACACCACCAAUAUUGCUGUCAUUCAAUAUUAUGACUUUUUGUUGUGUUUAUUUUCAAUAUUUUUUAUGCACGUUUCCUAAAUUUCGCCUCCGUUCCAUUCAGAAUGAAAUGCAAUGAAUUUGAAAAGAGUAAACCUCGCCACCACAUGAACAUACAGAAUUUGGAUAAAGCUUUACACGAUCUCGGGAUGCUUAGUGCUAUAACAGAAGCUAGACGCGAUUAUUUGCGUGAAUCAAAAGCUAGCCCGAUGAGGUAUAGCUCCCGGUACGUAUCGAACGUCACCGUCGGUUAUUGUAUGAGAAGAAUGACAAACAAAAACAGGUUGUGCCCUUACGUUCUACCAGUGAGGCACAGAACUAAGAGUGAGAAUUCUGACGCUGUAAUUAGUGAUGUGAAUGAUGGUGGAUGCGAUUUUAACGGAGUUGUGGAACCAUCUACGAGUGGACUUGGCACACACGACUGUGCGAAAAUUACUACAAAACGAUGUCAAUCACUCGAGAACCUUAACCUGUUAGUCGAUCCACAACCUGCUUCUGAGGUUUCCCCAGACAUGGACUGUAUGUCAACAAGAAUUCAAAAAUUACAGGUAGAUGAAUGACAGCAGUCCAUCUGGUGAUGCCAUAAUGUAUUUUAUGAUUGGGUAGUCGUAGUUAAUAUUCAUGGAUGUUUUUAAUGUGGAUGUAUCCGUGGAUAGAGGUCGUUCUGACUAACACAAUUACUACUUGUUUUCUUUUUUUAUUGCCACUUACAAGAACAUUAACUAGUAAUCUGCUCAUAGAAAUUUCUAAGCUCUAAAAACUAUCAGUUGGUAUUUUAGAAUCAAACAAUUAACCAAUUUGUAAAACAAUACCAAACUGUUUUUCCAAACAAUUUGUGUUGUGUAACUUUGAUAUCAUAUUCCUCUGUUUUGCAUCUAAUUCAGAGACCAAAUGAGAAUAACUAUACUCAUUUUUUCAUUUAGAUUCAAUCUGUGCCAUCAUAAAGAAUCUUCCUUAAAUAUAAAUACUCAAAUUAUUUAAAGAUUAAGUCACUUCCACAUAUGUAUGCGUUUAGGGAAAUUCUAUAUGAUAUUGAUAAGAUUGUCAGAAUGUCAUUUGUCAUGCAGGUUUCUUGGUAAUAUAAAGACAUCAAAAUUUGCUAAAUCGUAGUUCAAUGUUCCUAAUUAUGUUUACAUGUGUAGAACAUGCAAACAAGAUAUAAUAGGUAUUUCAAUGUUGUGUGAUCACCAGUGUCUGUUUUGCAAUUAAUAAAUAAUAUUAAUUGAUUUUGCAUGUGAGUACAGUUUGAAUAAGAAAUCUUUAUGCAGCUGUUACACUAUCUAAUAUGCAAAUUGCUCAAUAUGUUUAGAUUGGGUAAAAUAAUAUGCAUCAUAAUGUAAGGGAUAAUAAUUUUGUAUCCAAAUUUUAUUCAAUACUUGUAUGAGGUUGUUAACUUUUAGAAUUUUAUUGAUUUUGAUGGUUACCCUAACUGCAUAUGUACCACCUUAGUAUUUUAAGAAUGAUUUUAUUAUAAUUUUACCUAAGUCACAGAAAGCGCUGAUUAGGUCAAUUUGAGUGAAAAAUAUUUUUGCUGUGCAUAUAAAUUUUAUAGUAAAAUAGCAGAAGUGAUUUGUUUUACUAUUACAUUAUUGUAACUAUUUAACAGUAUUAGUAGACUAGUCUACAAAGUACAAAAUGAGAUAUAACACCAAUAUUUUACGUUUUUACAUGGGAAAGCCAUUUGUGUCAAGCACAUUAAUUAAUGUUUUAAUUCAAAUUGUGUUUUUUAUUUUUCAAUAUUUAUUUAUUUAUUUUCACACCAUGAUCUGACCAUAGUCCAUUACAAUAAGCUAAGUCAUAAGACUUAAAGGAUCUCAUUAUUCAUUUAAUUAACAUCGUGUAUGUACCUAACUCUUACAAAACCACUGGUUCAAUAUUGUGACUUAGCAAGAGAUACUUAUGUUUGUUAACAUAUUUUGUUAUUUUAUUUAAUAUUUGAAAUAAACAUUGCUUUAAAC